AUGAGCAUCAAUUCGGCUGAAGUGAAGAUAGUAGUCGAUCUUACAAAGCCGCUUCCAAAAUCCCUAGAGCUUGAGCGGGAAAAUGGUCAAGUUUUGGUACUGCAAGUGUCCUACCCCUGGCUACCGCCCUUGUCUCUUCUCUGCAACACAAUUGGUCAUAAAGAGGCCCUCUUCCCGGACGCUCCCCCUCCUGAUAAGACAGCUCCUAAGGGGAAAAAAGUGGAUAACCCACCCAUCCCUCCAAAGAAGGGUUUUUCUCUGGUCUCAAAGCAAAUCUGGAAACCGGUUUCCACUGUUAUCCCCCCUUCCUCUGCUACUCAGGAUAGUCUGAAUACUCUCCCCAUUGAUUCCUCUGAGAAGGUUACUGCUCAAAGUGAUCCGGGUUCGGAUCCCUCCCCUCUCCUCAAUCCUCCUUCGACCAUAUCUGAUCCUGUGACUGCCUCGACCAUCCCCGAAUCUCACCAAGUAAUCUCUUAUCCUGACCCGAAAAGCUCUCCAACCCCAGAGGAUGCUGCUCCACCUUUCGUUCCUGCCACCCAUACCGUUCAUGUUUCCACUGUUGCAAUGCUAGCUCAUCGUCCCCCUCCCAUCUCAAACUCGUUCGCCGUUCUUCAGGAGGAAGACACUACAAUCGUUUUGAUAGACAAGUCCCCUCCUCCUAAUCUAGUUGGCUCUUCCCCCUCCUCUUCUGACUCGUCCAUUACCUGUGAGAUUACUCUGGAAGAUGGUACUGAGUUUAUAUAUACGGCGGUUUACGCGGCUAAUGAAGAAGAAGAAAGAAGACACCUUUGGACCUCUCUCCGUGACACAGAAGCUGCCUUUGGCUUAUCAUCCAGACCUUGGCUAAUUAAUGGGGACUUCAAUGAAAUUUUUACCCCUGCUGAAACCUCAAACGUGAAUAUUGUGAGCUCUACAAGGGGUAUGCGGCUAUUCGGUGCUUGUCUAGCUGAUUUGGGUGUUUUUGACCUCCCGUCUAGAGGUCAUCUCUAUACUUGGACUAAUAAGCGGUCUUCAGAUCCUAUUGGGAAGAAGUUGGACCGGGCUUUUCGGUUCUUUAACCUCCUUACUCGUCAGCCUCUAUUUCUUGAUACGGUGAAAAAAGCAUGGGACGAGGUAGAUAUCCAAAUCCGUUUGCUCAAGGACUUUUGUUUCAAGCUGAGGAGGAUUAAAGGUCCUCUAAAAGCUCUGAUGAAGGAUAACUAUAGUGACAUUGAAAAGAGAGUGCAUGAGGCUUACUCAGAACUUUGCCAUUUCCAAAUCCUGGCUCUGAAUGAUCCUUCUCCUCUGAAUGUCCAGAACGAGCUCUCGGCUAAGGAUAAAUGGUCUCGUCUCUGUUUGGCUGAAGAGAGCUUCUUCAGCCAACGAUCGCGUCUUCGGUGGAUAGGAGAAGGAGACUCCAAUACCACUUUUUUCCACAGUGUGACAAUGGCAAGGAACGCAUGCAACGCCGUAAAGGUCCUUCUGAAACCUGAUGGAUCCCUUACCUCUUCGCUUCAGGAGGUGCACGAGAUAGCAGUGGACUAUUUUUCUAAAGCCCUAACCACAAUAAGAGGUCAAUUCUGCCCAGCGCUGCCUGAAUUUCUGGAUGCUCUUCUCCUUCCUGUGUGUUCGAAUGCCCAACAAGCCUUCUUGUCUUCCCCUUUCUCGGCUGAGGACAUCAAAGCUUAUCUGUUUAAAAUGCCCCUGAACAGAUCCCCAGGUCCAGAUGGUUUUCCUGCAGAGUUUUUCAAAGCUACCUGGCCUAUAAUUGGCCAUGACUUAACCCUCUACGUGCUCCAAUUUUUCCAAGACAGUUUCAUGCCCAAAGCUUUAAAUGCAACAUCCCUUAUCCUAAUUCCUAAAAGAGUUGGUGCCGUUGAUUUGAAGGAAUUCAGACCAAUAGCCUGUCUUAAUACAGUGUACAAGAUCAUCUCCAGGCCGCUUACUGACAAGCUCAAGAUGUUGAUGCCUGCUCUUAUCCUCCCUAACCAGACCGCGUUCGUCAAGGAUAAAUUACUUCUUGAGAAUGCCUUACUUGCCUCAGAGGUCAUAAAGGGCUACCACUCCAUCGGCAAUACGGCAAGGAUCACUCUCAAAGUGGAAAUCUCAAAGGCAUUCGAUUCAGUUAGAUGGGACUUCCUACUAAGCACCUUGCAGGCACAUAACAUCUUGUCCUCUUUUAUGAACUGGAUUAGAGCAUGUGUAUGCUCUCCUGCCUUCAUGAUUAGUUUGAAUGGGGUUACUACUGGCUAUUUUAAAGGUAAAACUGGUUUGUGCCAAGAUGACCCUCUCUCCCCGAUCCUGUUUGUUGUGGUAAUGAACGUCCUAUCUGCAAUGCUGAAUAAGGCAGCGGAAAAUGGUCAUUUUCAGUAUCACCCGGGCUGUGAGGACGUAAAGCUUACCCACCUUUUUUUUGCUGAUGAUUUGCUGAUAUUCCUAGAGGGAUCUAUGGAUUCCUUACGUGGAGUUAUGACUAUCCUUGAAACUUUUGAGAAGUUGUCGGGACUUGGAAUGAAUAUUGUCAAAACAUCGAUGUUCUGUUCAGAAUUGAGUGAUGAUACUCUUGAUCAGAUUUCCUCUACUUUUAAUCUCACACCCUCUCCCUUGCCAAUUAGAUAUUUGGGUCUCCCUCUUUGCUCCAGGAAGCUUUCGGUCAAAGACUGUGAUCCGCUGCUCUCCAAAAUCCGUAUGAAAAUGAACUCCUGGACCCACAUGUUUUUGAGCUUGGAUGGCAGGUUAAUUCUCCUCUCCACUGUUAUCUCGGGGAUCAUCAAUUUCUGGACAUCUGCGUUCUUUCUGCCUAAACAAGUUAUCAAGAAAAUCAACAGUCUUUGUAGUUCCUUCCUUUGGCAUGGUAAGAUUCAUGUCUCAACGGGUGCCAAAGUGUCUUGGUUUGAUAUUUGCUUUCCCAAAGUGGAAGGUGGGCUUGGUUUGAGGCAGAUUGAAAGCUUGAAUGAGGCAUGUGCUAUGAAACUCAUCUGGAUGUUGUACUUUAAGGCAGGAUCUAUCUGGGUGGCUUGGAUCAGGAGCAGGUAUCUCUCUACUUCUCCGCUUUGGGCUCUAAAUGAAAAGAACAAUGCCUACUCCUGGAACUUCAGAAAACUCCUAAAGCUUCGCCCAAAAGCCCUCAAAUUCCUCAAUAUAAAAAUUGGUAAUGGGGAUACAACCUUAUUCUGGUGGGAUCCAUGGACUCCAUUUGGACCCCUCUACCAUUACCUGACCUCAGAUGGCCCUUCACGCUUAGGGAUCCCUCUGUUCGCAUCUGUAUCAGAUCUUGCAAAUGGGGAGGGAUGGACUUUACCGCAUGCCAGAUCAGAGAGACAAGUCCUCCUUCUCUCUUAUAUUUCCUCUAUAUCAUUGUCCUCAGCGAUUGACUCUCCUACAUGGUCUAUUGAUGGGGGUCCCUCACAAGUCAUUCUCCUCCAAAGCUGUGUGGAAUUCUCUUAG